AUGGCUGAGGGAGGAUUUGACAUGGAUCCCGUUGAGUAUAACGAAUACGAGGAUCCACCUGACAUUAUCUUAGAUGAUGAAGAAGUAGCAGAGACCAAUGUAGAUGAAGAUGACAAUUUUGUUAAUACCCAACUUCCACCACUAGACAUAGAAAGCGUCCUCGACACGGAUAAUGGAAUGCGUCAGAGCCAGCGCCAGCACCCUGAUUUCUUUGAACAAACCUUUGAGAUACUACGUGUUUUCAUGAAUGAUCAGUUUGAGAGAGAUUCAAUCAAGGGUGCUCCUAAACUGGAUGAGCAUGUAGGCUCUCUCUCACCUGAAGAGAUAGAACAGUGCAGGGAAGUGGGAUCCUGCCUGAGAGAAAUUGGGGACACCUUGAAUCAGGACGUGAGGUUCCAGAGGUUUAUAGAUUCAGUAACCCCAGAUGAACCCAUGAAGGCUAUCAUUGCUGUAGCUAAAGAGGCAUUCGAUGAAGGUGGGAUAAACUGGGGACGGAUUAUCACCCUGUUCUACUUUGCCUACAAGAUAUGUGUCAAGGUCUUGAAGUAUCUGCCGGAUGUUCCCAGCUGGGUCAAUCAGCUCAUCAAAGAAAUAGUCACGUUACUGGUCACCAAGGCUGCUGACUGGAUUAUCAACCAGGGAGGCUGGGCCAUUCCUUCGGUGUCCACGGUGGAUGUGUUCAACAUCUCGUAUGGAGAUCAUAUACAAGUGGUUCUCUUGCACUUGAUCGUUGCCAACUGUUGCGGUGCUUAA